AUUUAGUAUUACGUUCACAUUCUGUUGAGGUUGUUCAGUGCACUUAAAUUUGAUACCAAGCCAAUUUACAGAGGGUAUUUUAUACCAAAUAUGAAUCUAUAACUGGUAUUUUGGGGUUUGGGAUCCGUACUUGGGUGAAAGAUAUAUUUUUGAUCACGUUUGAUCCUUUUGGUCGGUCGCUGCCAAAGCAUCCAUGCAUCUAGAAAGGUAUUGAACAUAAUUAUAUCAUUUAUAUACGGAACGAGUAUAAUAGAUAGCUAUGCGAACUCAACGGACAGAUAAGAACAUGGCUUCCGAGUCGCAACAGGAUCGCUGCUCUACAUUUGCGAUUCGUCUACUCAUGCUUUUCGCGUUAAUCUGUGCAUGUAUCUUUGUAUCUGUCUACUUCUCACCUUCUCUCUCGCCAGUCGGCCCCAAGACGGUCAACAUGAGUGUGAUAUCCGACACGGCUCGAAUCCCUGACCUGACAAACUGGACCGAUGAUGUCGUGGAAAACAGGACAGAGUAUGGGUGUGGAAAUGCCAGGUUCACUGUCCAGGAAUGGACAAUGGUCAAUCUACCCAUAGCGGCUGUGAUCAUCCUCUUCUUCGGUUUCUUUCAACCUCGAACACGACUAUGGCCUGGAUGCUGCAGCGGACGACCAAGUGUAGCUUACCCUGUCAACUUACUGGACUCGUAUUCCGAUCGGCUUGCCUUCGUGUGUGCGUUCGGUAUCACGUGUAUAGGUAUCCUUGAUCUCUUCACCGGUAAUUAUUACGUCGAACCUAACUACGAUGACCUGCCCGAGAUGGUACGAGGUGCUGUACGUAGCUGCAUGGCCUAUGUAAACGUGUUUGCCAUUGGACUAGCUCAUUAUCCAAUCAUGAUAUGUCUAACAGUACAAGCCUGGGUGGUUAGUGACGUCAUCGGAAUACUUUACACGUUGGAAUGGGCAUUUUUCUAUUACUACUCUUUGGCGGAAUGCCCGUGGGGAGAAUCCGACGAGGGUAAUGUGAACAACCUCAUUCUGUUACCAAUCUAUCUCUGUUACAUCAUUCUACUGGUUCUCUUCAUCAAGAGGAUGUACAAGAAUUACACGAUCAGGAAAAAAGUUAGACAGGGUCUGGAAGUGGAGAUCCAUGACUAUGAAGAAGACUUCGUAAAAACACACUUUUAUCAGCGAGUCAAAUAUUUAUUAACACCAAAGGAUGAAUGGGAAAGAAACAAGAAAGAACCUGGAUCAUGCCGAAAGUUUUGGAACAGAUUCUACGAGGAUGAACCAGGUUUUCGAUUUUCCCGUCGUAUCAUCUGCACCAUUGCCCUUAGUGGACUGUGUUUAUUUUGUAUUGGAAUUAUUUAUGAAGCCAGCGGUGUUUACCUGGAACGAUGGGCUGCUGAAACGUUUAUAGAAAACGGAUCACUGUAUAACUACCUCGUUGAAAGCAAUAGCACAGAUUCUUUCUACACGUUUAAGGAAAUUGCAGAUUCAUUUGCCUAUUCAUUUUCACCGACAACAUUCGUAGCAAUGGGAGUAAUGAUCUGCUAUAAUAUGAUUACAUUUAUAGCAUAUAGGAGAAACACUCUCAGGUUAUGGCGAGGAGACAAGUCAUUUUGCCCGAAAGAGGACUUUGCGAACACAACCUUAGUGGUCUGUAGUCUGAAGUAUUCAGGGUAUCAUAUCGCGUUUGUUCUAUGGGGUUUUAUUCUGCUCCAGUUGACGCUAUGGCUUUUAACCUUCCUAACCAUCUAUCUUCUCGUCCUACCUAUCAUUAACAAGGAACGAAAUUGGGUUUGGACACUUAUAAGGAAUCAGUGGUUGUCCGUAGUUGUAUAUAUGGUUGUGUAUUACAGUCAGGUGAUCUCAGCGAAAUUUCUAUUUCUUCAGCAGCGAGGAAAAGAGCUCAGUAUAGACAAUAGGCGACUUUUCCAUGUCCAAGUGUAUUUCUUCUUCUUUGUCAACGUCAUCAUCGGUUUGGCAUCUUGCCUUCUUCGGAUAUUCAAGUCGGUCCUUUUCGGUUUAUUAUUGGUUGGGCGGAUAGACCGGUGUUUAUUGAUGAGGGGCUUCGAGUUAUAUGAUUCAGGUUACAAGGCGUAUUUAGGAUUUCUACAACUGGAAGUUGCUCACACUCAUCCUAUUGUGAUUACAUUCUGCCAUUAUCUUCUAAAAACUCAGAGGGAUAGGAAAGAAAAGGUCUUUGAAUUCACUGAAGAUGAAGAAGUUGAUAUUCCGAUUCCAAAAAGAGUGAAUGUAAGAGCGCGAAAUCGUUGGUACCUUGUCUAUACCUUAAUACGUAACCACCGUCUGCUUGCCGAACGAUUCGAUGCCAUACUCAGCGCAAAGAGAGACGAAGUAAAGAGACAAAUCGAAGAAGAGAAACAGAAGAAGGAUGAGAAAGUGGUGAAGGAAGCGGUGACAACAUUCAUCAAUGAUGACGUCGUCGAGAGCGACGGAGUUAGAGAAGAGAAUUCCAAGGCAAAGGUCGUAUCGGUUACAUCAUCAACAGCUAAAAUCGAAGAUGAGCGGGAAACGAACCUGACGAUGACGUCGGAUUACGAUCCAAGCUCGGGGGCGUCACACUCUGACUCGUCACCGCUGCCGCGUUCAGGAUCGCCUACACAGACGUGGUCGACGAUCAGCAUCCUGGAAAGCCCCCAAAUCACACCAUCGCCAUUUCCUGUGAAUGAGACCAAGGCUGACGACGGCAUCAAGGACCAAGAUGGGAAUACUAUGUCGAGUGAGACUGGGUCACCUGGUUCAAAUGGAUCGCAAGCGAGUUUAAUAAAACAUGAAGAUGAAGUCUCAAACUCUUCGGUUAGUCCUCUCGUCAUUGAGGAUGAAGAGAUGAACUUACCAGGCACACCUAUACGAGAACAAGAACAACACAUAAUGAUAAAGAAUGAAUGAUGAUUUGAAAUUCUGUAUUUUAUAAUACGAUGAACAAAAUG